AUGUCUGGGAUCAACAACGAAACACCUCCCAAUGCUCUUAAGCCCUGGCAAGUACGGGCCUUGGCGAAAGGCAGAACACCCUUGCCGGAAAGCCCCGGCUGUCGGCCAUGGCUGGAAGACAGCCCAGCACAAGAGGCAUCUGAACCUGGACAGGUAGUUGUAGAUACUACAGCGUCAUCCCUCACUUCACUCCCCUCAAGUCCUAGGAUAGCCCUCUCCAGUUCGCAAGCUGAAAUGAAUAGCCACCAAGGCUACAAGUUCUGGAACCAAGACGAAGUGAGGCGCCUCAUCGAGCUGAAAAGAGAGGGCAAGUCCUGGAGAGAUAUCAGCGAACACUUUCCUGAACGAACGAUCGAAGCGAUCAAGCAGACAUAUCACAAGCGAAGAUCAACUGCGGAAGAACAGAUGCGCCCAGUCAUCAAGAAAGGAGAAGAUCAGCCGAUGGAAUAA